UUCUGAUUCUGGCCAGGGUCUUAUUACGAGCCCAAGUAAUUAUUGCGCUGUAAUUCACCUUUAUACCUUAAAGUUGGUUACAGAAGUGGCAAGCCAGCCAGGAGCCAUUUGAUUUGAGCAUCAAUAUUGAGGCAAUGACCAGCAUGGAUUUCAUCCAAAAGUCUGGUGUCAAAAUACCUAAUGCGGUUGUUGUUGCUGGGAUAACACAGGUAUCUGAGAAAGAUGAACACGUCAUUGACUUUCUGAAACAGUAUGGUAAAAUCGCAAGAGUCCUUUUUGUUGAUGAUUCACUGUCUGACUUCUACCAAAACCUGAUCGUUGAAUACUCUAGCAGUUCAGCCUUAGAAGGUUUAGAACCUCGUUUGCCAUACAUGUACACAGCACAAGUUGAUCCCAGCGUUGUCUAUGAAAUUAAAACACUCAGUAGCAUGUACACUACCAAGGUUGGGAGUAAUGUUACAAAGACCUACUUGGCUGAACUCAAGGAACUAGCCAAGCUGAGUGGCAAAGACUACGGUGAGGUGCUGAAGGAGAUGAUGUGUCAGAUUGGGGAGGAUGUUGAAGCCAUGCGACCUACCACUGAAGAACCUUCUCCCACGUAUGUCGAGACCACUGUUGUAUCUCCGCCCGCUCCUAAAGAGCGACAGUGUCACACCUCACAUUCAGAUGUUACACCAAGUGAUAUUGGUGCCACUGAUCAUGUUCCCCUCACUAAUGGAAGGAGAGCAGCGUCCCUUUCAGUAAGUGACUUGAACCCACCUGAUAUUCAGAAGGUCGUGGUAGAGCAUAUCGUACGAAGGCAAGAUGUUGUCCCACACAUCCAGUCCCAGGUGAGACUCCGUUCCUUCUCCGGUAAGGUUCCCAGACCUAAUAACGAAACUGAUUAUGACACAUGGCGCACACAAAUUGAACUGCUCCAAAAUGAUCCCAGCAUGUCCCCCCUGCAAAUAUCCAGAAAGAUCCAUGAGAGCCUGCUCCCGCCAGCAGCUGAUAUAGUUAAGAGUUUACGGCCCGAGUCACCACCUGCAACUUAUUUGCAGCUUCUAGAUUCUGCCUUUGGCACUGUAGAAGAUGGGGAGGAGCUUUUCGCUCAAUUCCUGAACACCCUUCAAGAUCCAGGUGAGAAAUCAUCCACUUACCUUCACCGGCUACAGCUAGCAUUAAACAGAGCCACGAAGAGGGGGGGAGUCGCAUGUGAAGAAGUGGACAAACACCUACUUAAACAGUUCUGCAGGGGAUGUUGGGACAAUGACCUACUCAGCGCCCUGCAACUUGAACAAAAGAAGAGCAGCCCACCCCAAUUCUCAGACCUGUUGUUAAUGAUUUGCUCUGAGGAAGAUCGACAGCAAGCAAAAACUAGUCGUAUGAGAAAACACAUUGGCACCACAAAGCAGAGAACUCAGUUACAGUCCCAGAGUGCACAUGUUUGUGAACCAGAGGAGAAACAUGAGAGUAGCAUUGCUGCUAUUAAGGAUCUGCGAAAGCAGGUGGCAAGUCUGCAAAGUCAACUAACUACAUUCAUGUCACAGAAAAAAAGAGUUUGCAAACAGUAA